AUGACUGCAGAUUAUGGAAUAAUAAAAUUUUAUUAAUUUAUUGCAAAUGAUAUAAUGGGUGAUAUGAAAUAAGAUUCCAAUAGUUCAGGUUGUAUAAGUAUCUUCUCUUAAGACAGCUAUCUAGACCUUGAAAUUUAGCAGUCAAUUUUUAGGAAUGUAUCUAAUCGAAUGUCUCCAUCUAUUUUAUCAAUUUAGCCAUCCAAAAUUAGAAAUAUGAUACGUUUAAUUGAUAUUGAGAUUUACGAUUGUAUAUCCUUAAUGAAUCAAAUACUUUUUAUUCAAUUCUCUGAUUCUAAAAAGAUUUAUGAUAAGAAUACUUNUAAUUAACAUAUUAAUGUAAUUAUUAAUUAGUUAGAAGCUUCAAAUAAUUAAUUUGAUAACUCUAUAUUCUUUAAAUUAUAUACAACUUAGGAAUUUAGUCAAGUUGAUUUAUCAAUAUCAAAUUUAAUAUUUAAUGAAAUGACAACUAUAAUUAAUUCAGAUUAAAGAUCUUAUCUAUUUUAAAUAAGAUGUUCAAAAUUAAAAAUGUAGGAUUUUUCUUUUAGUAAUAUAAAAAAUCUUUUCCUUUUCUAUAUAUAUGAUAGCAAUGACAUUAUAAUUUAAAAUAUAAUUUAUGAAAAUUCAGCUUAAAUUUAUUAAGUACCAUUUUCAUAAUCAUGUCAAAUUACUAUAAAUGAUAAAAACCAAAUGCUUAAAAUAGAUAACUUUUAUACUCUAAAAAUCAUAUCUGUUUAAAUUAUAAAUUAAUUUACUAUUGAUGGAUCUUUUUUAGAUUUAUCAUAAAGAAAAGAAUAUUUAAAUUCAUCAUAAUUAGAAAUUUUAGAUCUUACUUUUAAAGGAAAUUUAUAAUUAUAUAAAGAAUCAACAAGAGUAUUUUCACUUUUUACUCUAUAUUCUGAAGGGAAUCUUAAUAUAUAAAUUAAUAGAAUUAAAUUUUAGGAAAAUUGCUUCCAUUCAAUUGCUGAAAGUUUCUUUUAAUCCUAUGCUUCUUUAGUAUUUUUAAGUAUCAAAUCAAGUAGCAUUAAAAUAUUUAAUUUUAUAUCUGAAAGGAAUGCAUUUACUAAUUCAUCAAAUACUUUUAUUUACAUUUAUGCUAAUAAAAUAAAUAUCUAAAAUUUAUAAGUUUCUAACCAUAAUAUUUUAUCCACUGAAAUAUGGGAAAAGUUUUAUGGUUUAAAAUUAGAUAAAUAACUUAAUUAAUAAUAAAUAAAUUAGGUGAUAUUCUAAACCUUAAAUAUAUCAAAUAUAGGAGGUGUGGGUUAAAUAAAAGCAUCUAAUUUUACAUGUUUAAAAUGUAAUUUUUAACAUAUUCUUGCUUUAAAGAGUUUCAUUUUUGAAAUUAUGACUGCAGAUUAUGGAAUAAUAAAAUUUUAUUAAUUUAUUGCAAAUGAUAUAAUGGGUGAUAUGAAAUAAGAUUCCAAUAGUUCAGGUUGUAUAAGUAUCUUCUCUUAAGACAGCUAUCUAGACCUUGAAAUUUAGCAGUCAAUUUUUAGGAAUGUAUCUAAUCGAAUGUCUCCAUCUAUUUUAUCAAUUUAGCCAUCCAAAAUUAGAAAUAUGAUACGUUUAAUUGAUAUUGAGAUUUACGAUUGUAUAUCCUUAAUGAAUCAAAUACUUUUUAUUCAAUUCUCUGAUUCUAAAAAGAUUUAUGAUAAGAAUACUUUAGAAUUACGAAAUAUUAUAAUAAUAUAAAAUAUGUAUUCAUGGCUAUAACAUUUUUCAUAAAUGGGAAAUCUAAGUCGUACAGAACUAUUACAGAUUUCAAGUAGUCAGAAUUCAUUAUUUUAUAUUGAAAGUUGUUCAAUAUCUAUAUAAAAUGUCAUUAUUGAAGGUUUGUAUCUAUCACCAAUAUUUUCAAUUAUAAAUGCACCAAAAUUAAUAAUUAUGCAAAUUUAAAUAAGAUAGAUCUAAUUAUUUUAUUCCUUUACUUUAAUAAAUAUAAAUUAAAUGUUAGAUAUUGAAACAAUAAUGUUCUUUUAGUAAGUAAGUAUAAUAAAUAAUUCAAUUUAUGAACCAGGACUUUAAAGAGUCUAUCUAUAAGAUUUUGAUUUUUCAAUUAAUGGAUGUUUUUUAGUAGCCAAUUAAUCAAAAAAGGCUUAAGCAUUUUACUAUUUAAAUUAGAUUCUUACUAUAAUAGAAGAACAUAAAUAGACUUAAAUUUCCUUAAUUUAUAUUUAAAGUCUAUCAAAUAAACAUUCUUUCUAUUUUAAUUAAAUAGAACUUGUUUCAAAUGAUUGUUUAUAUUGUAUUUCUGGAUUGAUUAAUUUUGAUUUAAUAUCUUUCCAAGCUAUUAAAAUAUAAGAACUAUAUUGUAAUUACAAUAUAAUAAAAUAAUAUGGAUGUUUAAGUAUUUUAGGAGAUAAUACUAUCUCUCCAUAAAUUUAAAUAUUAAGUUCCACUUUUAUGUUUAAUAGAGGAAGCUAAGGAGUUGCCAUUUCAUCAACUAAAUCCAUACUUAUCAAAUAGUGCAUAAUUAUUUAAAAUAUUGCAACAUAAAAGGGAGGAGGACUAUAUUUAGAAUUAAAUAAUAGUAAUUAAUUUAUAAUUAAAAAUUCUAUCAUUGUUGGAAAUCAAGCAAAAGAAGGUGGAGGAUUAUAUUUUAUUGGAGAUAGUAGUUUGAAUGUAUAGAAUUUAAAUUAAACAUAUUUGCUUUUUAAUAAUGCUUCUAUUUAUGCUAAUAACAUAGUGGAAAACCCAACACAUUUGGAAUUGUUUAUCAAUUCUUAAGAAAUGAAAGCAGAUAAAGCAAAUUUUGAUUAAGUUUAAACAAGUAUUCUUAGAAUUAUACCUUAUUCUACUAUAGAAUAAGAAGUAUUAAUUAAAACAUAUUAUUUAAUGAUUCCUAGUGGUUAAAGUAUAAAAGAUUUUACUCUUUCAAUUCCCAAAAUAUAGUAAACAUAUAAAUAGAUUUAGUCAAUUGAACUUAUAUUAAAAAAUAAAUAUAAUGAAUUACAGAAAAAUAUUAUAAAUUCAACAUGCCUUAUAAGUGAUAAGAUAAUAACAAAGCAUGAAGAAUAAAUUAAUGGAAAUCUUCAAAAUAUUUAAUUAUUAUAUAAUAAUGAGAAAAAUAAUUUUGAUUUAAGUUAAAUUGCUUUUUAUUUUAAUCCAUAUGAAAAGGAUUACAAUUAUUUAGAAAUAUCAAUUACUUGUACAACAGAAGUAUAUAAAAAUUAAUUGAAAUAUAUCAUUAAUGCUAAAAGUUAUAAAUGUUAACUUGGUGAAUUCCAUGUUGAUAAUGGAUGUUAAAUUUGUUAAUCCAGUUAAGGUUUUUACUCUAUAACAUAUGAUACUAUCAAAUGUUCUAUAUUUGAUAAGGAGAAAUUUUAGGAGAUAACAUCUAAUGCAAUAAAAUUACAAGAAGGCUAUUGGAGACCAAAUUAUUUAUCAGAUUAUUCUACUUUAUGUUUUAAAAUAACAAGAUUUUGUGUAGGAGGAUGGGAUGUUGGAGAUGGACUAUGUAGUAAAGGACAUGUAGGUGCUUUAUGUGAAGAAUGUGAUAUCUAUAAUGUCAAAGGAGAUGGGUAUUACUUAAAAAAUUUACAAAAUUCUGAAUGUUUACCAUGUUUUGGAAUAUAAGAUAGCAUACUCCCUUUCGUCUUAAAUUCAAUUUGGUAUUAAGUUAUAUAGAUAUUUAAGGGCUAUACUUUCCAUCAUUCUAACAGUUAAAAGCAUAGUAAAAUCAAAUGAUUUAUUCUUAUUUCUAAAAGUCAAAGAAAGAUUUAGUAAAAUACUCUUUAAAUUAAAUUAAGGUAUAAUAUUUAAGUAUUGAAGAUCGUGAAAGUAUUCUAAUAAAAAUGUUUUUAAAUUAUUUAUGGAUCUUUUCACUUAUUUUUACAUUCAAUAUAAGUUUUUCUUUUUAAUUUAAUUUUGUUGAUUCAGCUAGUAAUACAUCUUUAUCAAUGGCUAACAAUUUGGAUUGUUAUUUAUCAGAAAUUGUAGAAGUUUAAUUAAUCUAUUCUAAGAUUAUUUUAAUAAUAUUAUUAAUUUUAUGGCAAUUCAUAAUUAUAAUAUUAGGAUUGGUUGUAUUUCCUAAUUUAUUACACUCAAAAUUUAAAUUAAGUGUUAUAUCCAAUACUUUACUUUGUUUGUAUAUUUUCAAUUAUGCAGGAUUUAUUAAAAUGUACUUAAUUUAAUUAAAAUAAAUUUAGCUUAUGUUCUGUAGUUUCAUAUAGAGAAAUAUCUUAAACAUAAUAUAUUUAAGGUGAUCUAACAUUAAGAUUUAAUACUGAAACUCAUCAUUAAUGGAUGUUCUAUUUAGUACUUCCUGGAUUGAUAAUUUUUGGUUGUUUAAUACCUCUAUCAUUAUUUAUGUUAAUGUAUUUUAAAAGAAAUGGAUUAGACUUUUAUACUAUAAGACCUCAUAUAUGUUAUCUUUUUAAUGAAUAUGUAACAAAAAUGUAUUACUGGGAAUAAAUAAAACUGAGUAAAAAAGCUUUAUUAAUUCUUUUUUUGACUUAUUUUGAGACUAAUAUACAUUUGAAAGCAUCCUUAAUUGGUUUAAGUUUAAUUUUUUAUUAAUAAUUUGCAGCUAAGAAAAAACCUUAUAUAAUUUAAAAAUUCAAUAUACUUGACUUGGAAACUAGUUAAAAAUGUUCAGUCUCAAUAUUUUUGGCUGCUGUUAAAUAUGAAAGUGAAAAGUUAGAUAAUAAGGUGAUAUCUCUUUCUCUACAAAUUUGUUUAAUAUUAUUAUUUUUUCUAAUCACUUUUCCCUUUUUAUAUUAAAUAGUAAAAAUUAACUUCAAGAAAUAUAAAUUGCUUAUGUUUAAAUUUUUUCAUUUGUUUUUCAAGUACUUAAAAUUAAUAAAUGCAUCAAAAACCUUUGAAUAAAUUUUAGAUGAAUAUAGUAAAAAAGAUUAAAGACUUAAAGACAAUUUCACCAAAUUAAGAAAAUACCUUAUCGUUUUUUCAAAAGCAUAAAUUAAGAAUAGACCGUAAUUAUUGAAAUUAUACUUAGCUCUAUUCUAUCUAGAUAUACUUCAAGUAAAAAUUACCAAUAAAAUUUAUUAAGUACAGAAAUACAAGGUUAAUCGAUCAUUAUGACAGCAAAUAGAUUUGAAUGA